AUGCCCGUUCGAGAAGCGAUUCAUUCAGAUGGAGUUUUAAAUGUUUAUUCUGUUGAUACAUCAACUAUUUUAUCUGGUGGUCAAGAUCGAACAUUAGUUUUAUAUGAUUUUAUUAAUCAUCGUAUUCGUCGUCGAUGGGCUGGUCAUGAACAUGAUGUUGUGAAAGUUUUAUAUGGACAUAUAGUAAAUUUAUUUGUAAGUGCAUCACGUGAUCGAACUAUACAAUUUUGGAAUAUAAAUUCUGAUUUACCUGUGCAAAAAUUACUUGGUCAUGAACUUGUUGUAACAGCUAUUGAUUUUAAUCCAGAAAAUUCAGUUUUGGUUAGUGGAAGUCGUGAUAAUAAAAUUAUUUUUUGGGAUACAAAAACUGGUCAAAUAUUAAAAAAAAUUAUGAUUGGACGAAAUUUGAUUACAGAUGCUAAAUGGUCUCAUGAUGGAACAUUUAUAGCACAAACAGGAGAAGAUAAAGAAACUAAAAUGUAUGAUUCUCGAAAUAUGACUCAAGUUGUUUCAUUUCCGAAAAAGCAAUAUAUUCAAACAUCAUGUGACAUAUCAAAUGAUGAUCGUUAUUUAGUGAGUGUUGCGAAUGAACCUUCUUCUUCUAUUUAUUUUCAAAUUCUUUUUCUUUUUGUCAUUUUAUUGAUGUCAACAAGUAAUGGUUUCAAUGGUAGUGGAGCGGAAAUUUCUUUAUGGGAUAUUAGACAAAGAAAAUUAAUUUCCGAAUUUUAUGGUCAUAGAGCUACAGUUAAUAGUGGACAGUUUGUUGAUCAAGCAGCAUCAAUGAUGAUUUCUUGUAGUAAUGAUGGUCGAGCAAUUCUUUGGAAUGUUCAACAAAAUUCAAUUUUUGCUGAACUUGAUGUUGAUAGUGCAACACCACUUACAUCAAUAAUUGCGAUGAAUACACAAAAUUUUGCAACUGGUGGACUUAAUGGUAAAGUCAGUUUUAUUCAACGACUCAAUCGUCAGUUACAAUUGACUGAUCAAAUAUGA